CUGAUGUGGAGGCGCGACGCCGUGACGUCAUGAACAGCAGUGCUGCGGACAGCCAGAACGCGACAGCGGCGGACACGUCGUGGGCGCGCGACGAGGCGCUGGCGCGCGUCGAGCUGGCCACGCUGUCCCUCAUCCUGGCCGUCACACUGCUUGCCAACGGUGCCAUCCUAGCGGCGCUACUCUCCAGGAGGCGGUGGGCUGGCCGGCGGAUGUACUUCUUCAUGGCGCAACUGAGCGUCGCCGACCUGCUCAACGGGCUGCUCAACGUGCUGCCGCAGCUCGCCUGGGAGAUCACCUUCCGCUGGAAGGGCGGCGCGGUGCUGUGCAAGCUGGUGAAGUACGGGCAGCCGCUGGGGCCGUACCUGAGCUCGUUCGUGCUGGUGGUCACGGCGCUGGACCGCCACCAGGCUGUCUGCCGGCCGCUCACCUACUGCUCCUGGACGUACCAGCGCUCCAGAGCCAUGAUGCGUGUCGCCUGGGCCGCCGCGCUGCUCUGCUGCGUGCCGCAGCUGUUCAUCUUCUCGUACCAGGAAGCGGAGCCAGGCGUGUACGACUGUUGGGCGACGUUCCAAGUGCCUUGGGGUGAAAGAGCCUACGUCACCUGGUACAGCGUGUCGUCGUUCCUGGCGCCGCUGGCCGUGCUGGUGGUGACGUACGCGCGCAUCUGCCGCUCGCUGUGGCGGCACGCGGCCCACCCGCGCAUCUCGCGCGCCAAGGUCAACUCGGUGCGCCAGAGCGUCGCCGUCGUCUCGCUGUACGCCGCCUGCUCCGCACCCUUCUGCGGCGCACAGCUGCUAGCGUCCUGGCACGCCAACUCGCCCUUCCUCACUGGGCCCGCAUUCACGAUCCUGACGCUGCUGUCGAGCCUGAACAGCGCGGCCAACCCGUUCAUCUUCCUGGCGUUCGACACGCAGCUGCGGCGGCUGAUGCGGUGCUGGCUGGCCUGCGACACGACGCUCGAGUCGCCGGAGUACAGCGCCACCUCGAUGCAGGCGCACCAACAGCCGCAGGCGGCGGGCCCGCAGCGGCGCAGCUGGCGCACCGCGCUGCUCGCCGACGCCUCGGCGGCCGGCCGCGACCCGGGCCCGCGCCGCGCCGCCUCCAACUGCUGCCUGUGA